CCAAAACAAAAGAUUUUGGAAUUGUGAAAUUAAUAUUUUUUACGGUUUUUAUACUUUAAUUAAUUAAAAAUGUUAAAGCGUCCUAAGAACACGGAUACAAUGGAUGAUGUUCUUCAAAUGCAGCAUGAUUACAUGGAGAAGAAGGAUAAAAAUCUAGUUCCGGCUGCACAUGUAGUAUCCACAAAGAAAAAUAAACAAGGUACCAAAACAUCACUUUUUGCUAAGCAACGAAACAUUGAAAAAUCAGCUGAGAGUGAUUCAAAUAAAUCUACUGUAAUUAGAGAUGUCAUUGAAAGGAAAUACGAUUCUAAAGAUCUUUCUGAAAUAACAACAACAGAAUCAAUGGAUACAGAUGGUGGUUUUCCAGAAGUCUUAAAUAUCGAUUUCAAGGAAGAUUCCAGCUCUAAAGAAAGCUUGUUUGCUUCAAUAAUGAAUAAAAGUAAACACAGUGAUGAGCAUACGGAAAAGCAAGAAAACAUCGAAGACAUGAAGAAAAGCAUUGAUACUGAUAAUGUUGAGUUCUUAAAAUCCAUGUCAUCUGUAGAAAUAUUGCGUGAACGAGAGGAACUACUUAAGUCUAUGGAUCCAAAUUUAAUAAAAUUCAUUCAAUCAAAAAGUAAACUUGAGAAAAAGCAAGACAGUAAGGAAUCUCAUUCAGUUGAAAGCAGUAGCACUAAAAGAUCCAGUGAAGAUUAUAAAAAAUAUAUUAAGGAUAUACCGACACAAGAUAUCUUAGAAGACGCCAAUACAUUUAACUUUGUCAAUAUGAACAUACUAGAACCCGAAAAGCUAGAAUGGCUUAAAAAUGUCAAUAAAAUAUACGCAGUACCAAAAGACAAGAAAUAUGAGGCACGCUUUGAUUUGAAAGGCUUUCUCCUUCCAUACACUUUUGAUGAGGAAAACUCAAAGAAGGAUAAUCGUGAAUUAUUCUGUCAUGAAGAAGAAACUCAUCGUCCUGGAUAUACUUUACAGGAACUAUUUAGAUUGGCAAGAGCAGAUAUGCUCCAACAACGAAUAUCUGCUAUAAAUGUUAUUUCUGGAAUCAUUAAUAUGUACACACAAGGAUUUUAUGAUGGAAUCAUAGACUUGCCAAUAUCAAAGACUUUUUUCUUCUUACGUUUUGGAUUGGACGAAAAUGUUCCAGUUAUAAUCGAGUCCAUAGCUAAAUGCUUGUCCUAUCUAUUCUAUAAUGAAGCAGAUGAGGCAAUAAUUGAUUUAAUUUUCGAGACAAAUUUUGGAUAUUUGCAGCCAUUGAUUGGAAAUGAAUCUCUACAAGAUCAGAAAAUUGUUGAGGAUGGGUUAGAUUUGAACAAGAUGAAUUUAAAUGAGCAUAGUGAAUCAUUAUUUGAGAGCAAAGUCGAUGAUAUUUUAUCCGUUGAUGACCGUGAAAAAGAAAGCAUGACUGAUUUUCAUUUAGCAGAAAUUAAUCUUGUUGAAUGCUUAGAAAGGACCAACAUCAUUGAGAGAAUCAGCUACAUUAUAAUAGUAAUGAAUGCUAAUCAAAAUGUUAACAUUUCAUGCUUAAAGAUCCUUAUAAGUCUAGCAAGACAUUCUGAAUCAUUUGCUGUUAAAAUUACAGGAAAGAAAAAUUUAAAGGAGCAUCUUGUUAACAUUUUAAGCAUUGAGAAACCUGAAGAAUCAAGAAUGAUUAUUAAGUUACUUCGAAUAAUCAUAUCAUAUAAUUUAAGUAAUGUCACAAAACUCAUUAAUCCACCACUCCUUGAGAAAUUCGUUUCUUCUAUAUCACUACAAAAUGACAUGAAUAUAAAGUAUAUCCAACUUCAAAUUGAGUCUUUCCGUUUUCUACGCUUAUACUUUCGAAUAACUCAGGACGAGUCUACGUUCAGUAGGAUCCUCAUGCCUCUAAGGUAUUUAUUAGAAUGGCAUUUUCAAAAUUUAGAUUUUCAUGAAAGAAAUCAUUUCGUUUGUCGUAUUCAUGCAAGUGCCUUGCUAUACUUAAUCCAGCGCUCAAAUGUCGCUAUUACUUAUACAAUAUUUGGAGAAACAUUUAAAAUGUGCUGUAAAAAAUGGUUUGCAAGAGCUGCAAGUAAAAGCCUUCAAGAUUUAUCUCAAAAGAUUCUCUUGUCAUGUGUUCUUGAUGUAUCUGGAUCAUUUAUCAAAUUCAUCCCUGAAUUCUUCUACGAUUUUAUCAAUGAUUAUUUAUUCAAAUUUUUGGCAUCAAAUUGCUAUCAAGAACUAACAGAAUCACUACAAUCUUCAUCGCUUCUAUUGACGGAUUUACAUGAUCGAAGAUUUACUCACAAGACACUUCCAAAUUUUGGAUCAAUCGUACGAAAGAAGCUAGUCUCAAAUGCUACUCCAAAUUUAAUUUAUGCUCAAAACUACUCGCAUCCUUUUGUGCAUUCAUUGCUCAUGUUUACUUUACUUUUCAAAGACAAGCGAAAUAACAUGAACUCACAAAUUUAUGAGAAACUGCUUAAUCACUUCAACAAUGCAGGCAUAGAAAAGUAUUUAGAGACAUUUUCAAUGUUGCAAAAAGCAUCAAUGACUUCAACCAAUUGGUUCGUUCAAACAGAAAUCAAACUGAUUUACAACUUGUUAAAGCUGAAACAUUACAAUCGUCCUUGGAUGUUUAAAGCUGCAUAUAAUUUAAUUCUUAAUCUCUCUGCCGAUAAAAUUCUUCUCGUGCUGGAUAUUUUUGACAAUUUCAUUUUUCACAAAGACUUUGCUGAAAGUCAAUUAACAACGGACGAGCUUGAGCGAAUGAAAUACGUUUAUAACGGACUUGUUAUGUCCAAAGUUAAGGAACGGAAGACUAAUUACAUUGCGAUAGUUGAAGGAUGGAAUAAAUUAUUACUACGUGAUACGUGGGCCUAUGAAUUUCUACUCAUCUUUCUCUGUAAUGUUGGGGUUAUCAGCAACGAUGUAAAGCAAACAAUCGAAACGGAUUUGACUGAAGAUGAGAUAAUCAGCACAACACUCAAAUUUAAAUCAUUUUUGAAGUCUAAAGGGAUCCAGACAUUGUCAAAUGAUGAACAGUUGAUGUACUUGAUGCUUAUCUAUUUCGGAAAGGACCUAAAUUUUCUCAACGAAUCAGUAAAGGAAAUGAUUAAAUCUGACCUUGACAAUAUGAAGGGUAAAGUUUUCAAGUUCAACCACAAACUCAAUAAUGAAAAAGAUUUUGAGAGUUUAUACAAAUUGUUCCUCGAUACUUUCCAAGCACAAAGUUAUGGAGAUAAUCUUUUUAGCAGUAUGUUAAUGAUUCCAUUGUCUCAAAAGAAUGAUUCUAAAUGGAGAAAUAUUGUUUGGUCCGAAUAUGCAAUGGUUUUGAAAUUCAUCAAUUGCGAAGAAACGGAUUUGCUGUACGAUUUCAAUGAUUACCUUUAUCCACUUGAAACAGAUGAAAUCUUACUGAAAGCAUACAAAAGCUCUCUGAAAUAUUUACGGAAGGAUAGCAUUCCAUGGAAAAUUGCAGUUCAUCAUUUAUCAAAUUAUUCAGUUAAAUAAUAAUCCCCAAAAUCUUUAUUUUAUUUUACAACCAAUGUUAUUUAAAACCGAGACCGAAACCUCUUGAUAAAUGUGUGAUAUUUCGAGCUACUUCAUAUUGAUGUUCCAUAUUUUUUAACAUUUCGUCUGACUUGUUGCUAUCAGUGUCCGAUUUUGAUGGCUGAGGUUGCGAUGAAGUUUCUAGAAACAAAAACAAAAUUGAGGACUCAAUUAAAGUUGAAUCUUUUAAAAUAAAAUACCUUCUUUUGGAUCUUUUAUGCCC